UUAUUUAUUUCGAUUCCAACACCGCUGAAGUAAAACAUGUUAAUAAUAUAGUGAUGGUGAAUUCACAAUACCUAUUCCAGUCCAAACUCCAUUACUAUCUCUUAGGGUUACGCAAUUCGGGGAUAGGAAAGAAAGGUAGUCUUAGCCCAAGUUGCUCAGUUGAUUUUACAGAAUAAACUGAAAUAAGCAAAUCCAUUAUGAUUAGACUCAUAUUGUCUAUGUGUUGAGUUGAGUUGGGUUGGGUUGAAGAGGUUGGCGCGCGAGUUCGCUUCCUGUCUUCCUGUUUCGGCCUUUGGCGUUCCAAUUCCUAACGUUAACAAUUUUCCAGGUGCAUACCGCAGAUUGCAGAAGAGGAGAUAGGCUGAACCGCCAUAGUUGAUUGCUGGUAGUUAUAAGUUCUAAAGAGAGGCCAGGCCAGGCCAGGCCUUUCAAAUUCCAAUUCCCUUUAUUCGAUCUUUUUUAACCAGCUUAUGUCAUGGAGGAUGGAAAUGGAAAUGAUCCUUGUGAAAGUUCAGUAUUACAGAAAGAUAUUUAUCAAGGGAUUGAUGAUGAUGUUAAACUGAAUUCUAAAGAUCAGAGAGAUGCUCUGGCGGAUGAACCUAAAUGUGUUAUUUGCGGGCGCUAUGGCGAGUAUGUAUGUGAUGAGACAGAUGAUGAUAUUUGCAGCUUGGAAUGUAAACAAGCCAUACUCCUCAGGGUUGCUAACUCAUUGCCAGUUUGCUCAUCAUCUACUCAGCGAUUACCUGCUACUGAUGAAUGCUUUUAUGUUAGAGAUUCUGUUGAUAGGUCAGGCUCUCCAUCUUUAACUUGUGAUCAAGCUGAAUUGCUUCGAAACAAACUUGAAAUUCAUGUAAAAGGAGGUGUGAUUCCUGCUCCAGUAUUGGCAUUUUCUUCCUGUGGUCUUCCUCAGAAGCUCCUACAAAAUAUAGAAACUGCAGGGUAUGUCAUGCCAACACCGGUCCAGAUGCAAGUAAUCCCAGCUGCUUUAGAUGGACGAAGCCUUCUUGUUUCAGCUGACACAGGCUCUGGGAAAACUGCUUCCUUUCUUAUUCCUAUUAUUUCUCUUUGUGCAAAACUUUACCCCAACAACAACUCAAAUAUCAGAAAGCCAUUAGCGGUGGUUCUAACACCAACUAGGGAACUAGGUAUCCAAGUUGAGGACCAAGCUAAGUUGCUUGGAAAAGGUUUGCCUUUCAAAACUGCACUUGUGGUUGGUGGAGAUCCCAUUGCUAGACAACUCUAUCGCAUUCAGCAAGGAGUGGAACUAAUUAUUGGAACACCGGGCAGGCUUAUUGAUAUUUUAACCAAGCAAGAUAUUGAACUAACUGACGUAAAGAUAUUUGGUCUGGAUGAAGUAGACUGCAUGCUUCAAAGGGGCUUCCGGGACCAGGUGAUGCAGAUUUUUAGGGCUCUGUCACAACCCCAGUUACUGAUGUAUUCUGCAACAAUUUCACAAGACGUGGAGAAAAUAGCAAGUUGUAUGGCAACCGAUAUAGUUAGUGUUUCUAUUGGCAAGCCUAGCAGGCCGAGUAGGGCUGUGAAGCAGCUAGCCAUCUGGGUUGAGUCAAAACAAAAAAAGCAAAAGCUUUUUGACAUAUUAAGGAGUAAACACUUUAGGCCACCUGCUGUGGUGUAUGUGGGUUCCAGAGCAGGGGCAGAUCUACUGUCUGAUGCAAUUACAGCCACCACUGGAAUUAAAGCUUUGUCAAUACAUGGGACGAAGUCCAUGAAGGAAAGGAGGGAAAUAAUGAGGAUGUUUUUAGUUGGAGAAGUAUCAGUAGUUGUGUCUACUGGGAUUUUGGGUCGCGGAAUUGAUCUUUUAGCUGUGAGACAGGUGAUAGUGUUUGAUAUGCCCAAUUCCAUUAAGGAGUAUGUGCAUCAGAUUGGUAGGGCAUCAAGAUUAGGGGAGGAGGGUAAUGCAAUUGUUUUUGUGAACGAUGAGGAUAAGAAAUUGAUUCCGGAGUUUGUAGAUAUUUUAAAAUCCUCUGGAGCUAUUAUUCCUCGAGAACUUGGUAAUUCACGGUAUAAUGUUGUUUCUUUGCCAUCAGGCAAGAACUUCAAGAAAAGAAAAUAUGGUGGCUGAAGUUGCGUGCCUUUUAUCUGUUAGCCGCUUUUUUUUUUCAGUUCAUCACAUCACACAUGGUUAAAGAAGCCAAAAAUGUAAAAGCUUUUGUUUACAAAAGAUUGUGUAUUAAAUUCUGCUGAAGCAGGUUUGGUAGUUUGAAGUAGUUCAUAAAAUAUGCUCUUCGAGUCAGGACCUGUGUUACUUCUACAAGGAUGAAUGGUGUUGGAUCUAGCACCUUCCCCUUAAUUUCCAUUUCAAUUAUUAUCUUUUUUCUA